CGGAGGCCCGGCCACGCCCCCAUUCGCCAAAGCCCUAGCGCUCUAUAUAAGGCGGCCAUUUCGUCAGCGCACUCCCCAGCCCUCGGAAGCUUUUAGUGCUGCAGCAGAAGCCACUCACCGACCGAACCGGCAAAUCACCAUGAGCGACGCGGCCAUCUCAUUCGCCAAGGACUUCCUGGCCGGCGGUGUGGCCGCUGCCAUCUCCAAGACUGCUGUAGCCCCCAUUGAAAGGGUCAAGCUUCUCCUGCAAGUAAGACUAAUCCUUAACAUUCCAUGUUCGAAAUCUCUAGCCAGUGUUCUGGAAUCCUCUGAGAAUUCCAUGUCCCUGUCAUUAAAGUACCUCAGGUAACCUUGGGAUGGCUGCAGUAAUGGCUGCCUGGCUGAAGGGCAGAUGUUGGUGCUGUAGGUGAUUAGUUGAUGGGAUGCUAGGCCUGGCUAAUCCUCCAUUACCCUUGGCUGCUGCUUCCUCCCUGUGGUAAAUCAAUGUGCUCCUUCCUCCAGUAACCAGUCAUGAUCUCCAUAGUGACUGAGGGGAGAGUUGUACCCCCUGAUGGCCUCUUACUAAUACCUGACUCAGGCCAAGGUCGCUGCAAGGAGAGAGUAGGCCAUCCUGGGGGUUAUGAUGCAGAUACAGCCCAGCUUUAAAGGCUGCCUUGUGAGAACUUGCCUUUCAAGGAUUCUGUUACAUUUUCAGCAUUUGUGUUUUUUUUUUUUUUUUUAAAUCUAGUUAUAUAUAUAUUUUUUUUUUUAAGGGUCUACUUGCUAAUCUGGUCCCCUUGCAGUUUUGUAAGACAGUUACUGGCCUUUUGUUUCCUGGUGGCGCUAUUGUGGCCCCUUUAAAUCUCCCUAAAUCCUCUGUGCUUGCAGUGACUUGUCUUUACAGCUGGACCCUGCGGUUGUGUAAUUUCCCGGGAUUCUCCUCCCUCCCCCCCUUCCCUCCUUUCUUUACCACGUGUUUGCAGCCGGCACAAUGAAUGAAUAACUCACCAUUUUGAGUAGCUCAGCAUAGGGCUGGGCCCAAGGACGGAAACUACCUCCUCCUUUAAUAGGAAACUCGUGGAUCCCCACAUCCUCAUUCUGAUAUUUCUAAGAAUGAAGAGGUUUUUAUAAGAAUUUAAUAUUUUUGCAAGUUUUUUUAUAUCCUAGAUUUUAAGCUUGUUUGAGCAGGGCCUUCAUCAACCUAUUGUCCCUGUAACAUUUUGUAAUACCCUCACUUAAUCAUAAGUUUCCUUUAUAUUGUAUAUUGAUGCAAAGUUAGCGUUCUAUAAUCGCCAAUAAUUCUGCUUAAUUUGAAUUAGAAACAUCAACAUGUGUGCAUAUGUACGAAAUUUUUAUAGAAAUAAUUGAUUUCUGUCUGUAAGUUUAAACUUAACAGAUCUUGGGUUUAUUCAUCUUAUGAAAUGAAAAGUACCAUUCUAGAUUGUGAAACUGCUAAACUUGGGCCUUUUCAAGGUGACUGUCAACACUUGACAUUGAAUAAACCUAAUGCAGAUGAGGCUGAAUUUACAAUUAUUUAUAUAGUGACAACGUAUUCUGUAUUGCUAUAUAAUGGGAAACAAGGCCAACAUUUUAAAAAUUUAUUUCAAUUUGACUUGGCUUAAUCUUAAAAAUUGUGUUGUAAUUACAAAAAAGGUUUUGAAAUGCUAUGCAGUAUACUGUAUUAGUGACACUAAGCAUUAUCUUUCUUUCUUCAGGUCCAGCAUGCAAGCAAACAGAUUACCGUUGACAAGCAGUACAAGGGCAUUAUGGACUGUGUUGUCCGUAUUCCCAAAGAACAAGGUUUCGUGUCUUUCUGGCGUGGUAACCUUGCCAACGUGAUCCGAUAUUUCCCAACUCAGGCCCUCAACUUCGCCUUCAAGGACAAGUACAAGCAGAUUUUCUUGGACAAUGUUGAUAAGAGGACCCAGUUCUGGCGGUACUUUGCCGGUAACUUGGCAUCUGGUGGUGCUGCUGGUGCCACUUCCCUCUGCUUUGUCUACCCUCUUGACUUUGCCAGAACACGGCUGGCUGCUGAUGUGGGCAAGGCUGGUGCUGAUCGUGAGUUCAAGGGCCUUGGUGACUGCUUAGUCAAGAUCUCCAAAUCAGAUGGUAUUAAAGGCCUUUACCAAGGUUUCAAUGUAUCUGUUCAGGGCAUUAUCAUCUACAGAGCAGCUUAUUUUGGAAUAUAUGAUACAGCCAAAGGUAUGUUUAAAUCUCUAGUAAAUUGUGGGUUGUGAUAAUGGUAAUUGUUUAAUGUUUUGGUGUAUCCAUAACACUUCUUCUUUCUGUUUAGGAAUGCUUCCAGACCCCAAGAACACACACAUCAUUAUUAGUUGGAUGAUUGCUCAGACAGUAACAGCAGUGGCAGGUUUUGCAUCCUAUCCAUUUGACACAGUCCGUCGAAGAAUGAUGAUGCAGUCUGGCAGAAAAGGAGGUAAGUUCUCAGAUAUUCUCCUUUACUUACUUCUCAUGGCUCCCUUAACCCCCUUAAGGACAUGUGUGACACUUCAUGAUUCCCUUUUAUUCCAGAAGUUUGGUCCUUAAGGGGUUAAAGGGAAACUAUAGUGCCAGGAAAACAAACCUUUUCCUGUCACUUACCUGGGUUCAGCAUUGAGGCCCCUUGGUGCUGGCUCAGCUCCUCCCUGUAUUCUGGGAAUUGUAGUUCAUCCCUAUUUUAGGGGCAGGGUUGACAUUCUCUAAAUUAAAGCAGAUCUGUCACUCUUCAGUAUUUCAUAACCGUAUAAUCUUUGAGAAACUGAAAUCCCAAAUGCAAACAUUGUAAGACAGAGUAGGAUCUACUUUCUUAUGGUAAAGCCUUAGGUUGACAAGACAGAGCUGCUCUCCACUCUUCAAUAUUAAGCUGUGGGAUUAUUCAGGUUUUGUCAAUGGUGGGUCUCAGACCUACAGCACUGAUGUGGCAGCUGAAGCCACAGCAACCAAAAUAACCUGUGGCAUUUAGAUGGCAGUCUGCUUCAAGGGACUGCUAGAGAAAUUUAACUCUACACUGCACCUUGUCCACCAGUUCCAGAAUGGAUCUAUUUUCCUGUCUUUGCAAAAUAUGAAAUUGGCAGACUUAAACAGUUAAAUGCACACUAGUUCGGAAUAUAAAUGUGUCCAUAAUUCCAUAGCUUCCUGGUGGCAGUUGAGGGGUGGGGGGGUACUUAUUUUUCUCUCAGCACCAGUCUCAAUGGCUGGCCCUGAUACCUAUACUGAGAUCAAUGCUUUGCCAUAGGCAGACAUAGCAAGGUCAGUGCACAUGUGCUGCAAAAUGCCUCAAUCGGAUGGAUAGUUUUACACUUUGGAAGUGACUGCCAUUAUAUGCACUUAAACCCUGCAGUGAAAAUAACUGCUGUUCUGCAGAUGAAGUGGUCUUGGUGCCCUGUCUCUUUAAAACUUGUCCCUGGUAAAACAAAGCAGUACGCGGGGGUGAAAGUAAAAGUACAUGUUCAGCUCAGUAAAACCGUCUGAACUGUGCGCACUACUUUACUUGUAUGUCUUGGUUAAAUGGACUCUCCAGGCACCCAGGCCACUUCUGCCCAUUGGAGUGGCCUGGGUGCCAACUCCCACUACUCUUAACCCUGCAAGUGUAAUUAUUGCAGUUUGCUAUAAACUGCAAUAAUUACUUUGCAGGGUUAACUCCACCUCUACUAGACAGCCACUAGAGGGCACUUUCUCCUUCAUAGCACAGAAAACCUGUGCUAGAGCGUCGCUGGACAUGCUCGCUCUGUGAGGACCUCCAGCGUCGCUCAAUUCCCCAUAGGAAAGCAUUGAAAAGCAUUUUCAAUGCUUUCCUAUGGGGAGCUCUAAUGCGCAUGCGCAGCAAUGCUGCGCAUUAGGUCUCCCGGGCCAGUGGGCGGGUUCAGUCUCGCCCACCAGCUGACGUAAUGCGGUGGAGGGAGAAGCGGUGACGGACAUGUUGCUGCCUCUUGUAAGUGACUGAAGGGGUUUUCACACCUUCAGCAACCUGGGAUUGGGGGGUGGGAGAGGGGACCUGCAGUGCCAGUUAAACAGAUUGUUUCCAUUUAAGUAUUUCAGCCCCUCUAGUACCAGUAUGCCAGACUUCCUAUUGGGUAACCAUAGGAAGUAUAGUAAUCUUGUGACUGUAAGCCUUGGUCUUAAAAAGAUGUUUGAAGUUGGUCAUUUUGCAAAAUGGGGGGGUGGGAGAAAUCGAACUUUUGGCUUAUUCAUAUGUGUAAAAUGUAUUUUCUUUUGCAGCCGAUAUCAUGUACUCUGGAACAAUUGACUGCUGGAAAAAGAUUGCAAGAGAUGAAGGUUCCAAGGCUUUCUUCAAGGGUGCCUGGUCUAAUGUUCUCAGAGGAAUGGGUGGUGCUUUUGUGCUAGUCUUGUACGAUGAGAUGAAGAAAUACAUCUAAACCUGACCUUGUCCAGAUACCUGCCAUGGCAUGCUGUAUUAUGUAACAUACCCUGAACGUUCAUGGACUUUUCUUUUUGUCAAACACAUUUAUUUAUAAAGUGCAACCGGUUAUAUUUUACUAGUUGUUGUUUGGGAUCAAUCCUACAGGCCACCAGCUUUCCACAUUAACACAAAUCAUUCCCUUCCCCUGUCAUUAUUGUAUGCCUUGCACUAUAGUGUAGGCUGUCAGAAGUGAUGGGGAUACAACAAUGGGACUCAACGCUCCUUUAUAUUUUAUUUCAGCCAUUCAUGUUUUUAAGUAACUUGGAUUUGAGGAAAUAAAAAAAUAAAUAAAAAUGUGGAUCGAUCUCUGGCUAUUCUUGUGU